AUAGUAAUAAAGAGCCUUAAUUUGUAAAACACUUGAACUAUAAUUAAAUAACAAUACAUCGCAAUUCAGACAUCUUAUUUUCUAAGUCUUCUUUUGAACUUUUUGUUUUAUUUUAGUGUUCACUAAAUUAAUAUGAAGAUUAUAAAUUUGAUGGACAAUAAUUAAUGGAAAAUUUUUACAAUUUUUUUCUUAUUUGUAAACAAAACAGAGUUUUGUGUUCAAUUGAAAAAGCUUGACUUUAAUGAACAAUAAAUAGGGAAGAGUGAAAAAACGUUUCUUUCAUAUUUCUGUUUUGUUUCAUAUUUUUGUUUUCAAAAUUUCAAGCUUUGAUUUUAGUUAUAGAUUUGAUUAUUUUAUUUGAUGGUAGAAGCAUUUUUACUUUUUUGUUCAUUUAUUUGAACAUGUAAUAUAUCUCUAAUGUAAAAUUCCAUUUUUUUUUCAAAAUAGAGUAAAAGUGAAAAUUGAGUAAAAUUGAUGGAACCUUAUUCCAUUUUCCACUCCAUAUGAACAAACAAAAAGUAAUUGAGAUAUGAAGUUGGGUUGGAUCAUUUCUUAUUUCAUAUUCAUUUUUAUUCUAUUUUAGAGAAAAAAAUAAAAUAGGAUGGAGAUGCCCUAAUAUGAUAAAUGAUGUUAAAUGCAAUGUCGUUUCCAUGUCACAGAGCACAAACUAACGCUGAAAAUACACUAUUUUCCAUCUUAACUAAAGAGAUCGAGUUAUCUUUUUUUUUUCUUUUUAAUGGAAGAUAUAUAUUUUCAAAAGUUUUACAACCAAUUAUACUAACAAAGUUUACGGGACACGGGUGAAUUUUAAAGGACUUCUAGUUAUCUUCGCUCUUUGUUCAACGGAAAAAUGUCAAAUUAAUGUUAACAUACGUUAGUUAGUACGUUCUUGUUUAUAUGUGCACUCGUUGACUUUUCUUGAUCCUUCCCCUUGGGCUUUUUUUUUUUUGGUUAAACCCCUUUGACUAUUUAUGGAAAGAAAAUAUCAGUUACUCCUCCUACUUACUCCAAAAUCUUACCAAUCAAGUAAAAACAUCUUUCUUCCUCUUAUCUGUAGUUACUGUUAAAAAUUUAAAAGAGAGUAAAACACACUAAUAAAUUUACUCCAACUCAAGCAAAAGUAAAUGUAUUUACUCUAGUUUACUCUCCCUCUCAGUUUUAUUUUUCCUCUCUUUUUUACUAUAUUCUUUCCCUUUUAUUUACUCUACAUUUCCCAAUCACAUAAUGGGGGAUAAGGGAAAUCUAAUCCUCUUAUGGGUUAUGCUCGUUGGAGUAGUCGCCAUGGCCAGGGAGCAUCGUCUCUUUGAGCGGACUAAAGGCAUCAAUGGUCUAGAAAAGAUCAUCAUCAGCGAUCGUCACUGCCAAUCUUUCGGGGUGUACUUGUAUGGAGGUCAAGUGACUGCUUGGAAGAAUGAGAAAGGAGAGGAGUUACUUUUCGCAAGUGGGCAAACUUAUGAUUCGGACUAUAGGCCAGCUUCCGAUGUUAAUGGUUACAGCAGUUACAAUUUAUGAAUCGUUGUGCUCUGUGUUGUUCCGAAGUUUAAAAAAAAAACAAGUGCUAGAGAGCCAAUGUAGUUGAAUGUGCAGUGUAAAUCUAGGUGCCUCUUUCUUUCAUAUUUCGAUGUAUUUGACACGAUAGAUCUAGUCACAUAGAACAGUUUCAUGUUUUUUUUUU